CGGAAACCUCGGGUCACUACCCCGGAAGUACAUCUCCGGUGGUCCUUUUCCGUCAUGGCGGCGGCCGCAGCCCGAACACUACUAUUACCAGCGACGCGGCGGCGGCUGUGGGGUUUUGCCGAGAAGUUACUGGUCCGAAGUGCCGCUGGGCAGUCAUUAUAUUUUGGAGGAAACAGACUAAGAAGUACACAGGCUGCUACACAAGUUGUUCUGAAUGUUCCGGAAACACGAGUAACAUGCUUGGAAAAUGGACUUAGAGUGGCCUCUGAAGAUUCUGGGCUGUCAACAUGCACAGUUGGGCUGUGGAUUGAUGCUGGAAGUCGAUAUGAAAAUGAGAAGAAUAAUGGGACAGCUCACUUUCUGGAGCAUAUGGCUUUCAAGGGCACCAAAAAGAGAUCCCAAUUAGACCUGGAACUUGAGAUUGAAAAUAUGGGUGCUCAUCUUAAUGCCUAUACCUCCCGCGAGCAGACUGUAUAUUAUGCCAAAGCAUUCUCUAAAGAUUUACCAAGAGCUGUAGAAAUUCUUGCUGAUAUAAUACAAAACAGCACAUUGGGAGAAGCGGAGAUUGAACGUGAGCGUGGAGUAAUCCUUAGAGAGAUGCAAGAAGUUGAAACCAAUUUGCAAGAAGUUGUUUUUGAUUAUCUUCAUGCCACAGCUUAUCAAAAUACUGCACUUGGACGGACAAUUUUGGGACCAACUGAAAAUAUCAAAUCUAUAAAUCGUAAGGACUUAGUGGAUUAUAUAACUACACAUUAUAAGGGACCGAGAAUAGUGCUUGCUGCUGCUGGAGGUGUUUCCCAUGAUGAGCUGCUUGAGUUAGCAAAGAUUCAUUUUGGCGAAUCUUUGUGCACACAGAAAGGAAAUAUACCAGCUCUGCCUCCCUGCAAGUUCACAGGAAGUGAGAUUCGAGUGAGGGAUGACAAGAUGCCUUUGGCACAUCUAGCAAUAGCUGUUGAAGCUGUUGGUUGGGCACAUCCAGACACAAUCUGUCUCAUGGUUGCAAACACAUUGAUUGGCAACUGGGAUCGCUCUUUUGGUGGAGGAAUGAAUUUAUCUAGCAAGCUGGCCCAGCUCACUUGUCAUGGUAAUCUCUGCCACAGCUUCCAGUCUUUCAACACUUCCUACACAGAUACAGGACUAUGGGGGCUCUAUAUGGUUUGUGAACCAGCAACAGUUGCAGACAUGCUACAUGUUGUUCAAAAAGAAUGGAUGCGACUCUGUACAAGUGUCACUGAGAGUGAAGUUGCACGAGCCAAAAAUCUUCUGAAAACAAACAUGUUGUUACAGCUUGAUGGCUCAACUCCAAUUUGUGAAGAUAUUGGUCGGCAGAUGUUAUGCUAUAACAGAAGAAUUCCCAUCCCUGAACUUGAAGCAAGAAUUGAUGCUGUGAAUGCUGAGACAGUUCGAAAAAUAUGUACCAAAUAUAUUUAUGGCAAAAGUCCAGCUAUUGCCGCUGUUGGUCCCAUUGAGCAACUACCAGACUUUAACCAGAUUUGCAGUAACAUGUGCUGGCUUCAAAAUUAAAAGGCUGUAACCAAAUAUUUCCAAGAAAAAUUAAGAGACCUACAGGUUUUACACUGUCAGUACUAAAGAGAAAAGUAAAAAUGUAUUUGGAAGUUUGAAUUACAUACCGAGUCAUAUUUUCACAAAACUGGACUGCCACUGUGGUGAUUGUUUUGUGUCAUGAUUGGUAUUUGUGUGAAGGAACUUGGGAAGCAGCACAGAUCCUGUACAGUAUUUUCAGUUUUAUUAUAAAAAUGAACAUACAGCAAAGAUUGUCAUUAUGUCAUUUCUUGGCUCUACUUGCAUUUAGCACUUGCUCUUGAGCAGCUUUCUUUGCUUUUACCAUUUCAACGAGUUCCUAAGAGGGAGAAAGAUUUAAAUUAAGCAGUGAGUUUUAAAAUGGACAUAAUCCAGCAUUUGAUACUAUUGUGUUAAUAUUCUAAUGUUUCAAUAACUCAAGUUGGAUGAAUCUAAAAAAAAAAUAGUACUAUAAGCAUUAAUAACAGUUUGGUCAUUAUAACAAUUUUUACCUAACUAGUAAACAAAAGUAAAGUGCUAACUAUAUCAUAAGUUACAAUUUAAAUGAUAAAGAAAUUUAUAAAUGCUAAAAACCUUG